CCUUCUCUUUCGUGAACCCCAGCCUCUCUUCUUCUUCUACCAUACGCCGAACCCAGCCCCUGUGCUCUCUCUAGUUCCCAUCGAGGUCCUCUCUGAUUCGCACCUGUGUUUCUUUAUUCAACUCUGGCUCACGUAGGCGACGGCAGUGCUGUUUCGUUGUCGAUAGCCUUUGCCUAUGGCCACAACAGAAGCUACUCCAGCUUCUGCUGGUCCAAGAUAUGCUCCAGAGGACCCAACUCUUCCCAAACCAUGGAAAGGACUUAUUGAUGGAAGCACUGGAAUUCUAUAUUACUGGAAUCCUGAAACGAAUGUCACUCAGUAUGAAAGACCUUCUGCGCCUCCUCCAGCUUUGCACGCUGGUGCUCCUCCGCACUCUGCCACAACGCCCAAGCUCGCUCAGAUUCCUAUACCUUCUUCAGGACAAGGUCACCAAGCUCAGCACGAACAAGCAAAACAUGUUGGUCACGUGUCUCAACAGCAUGGUUUACAACAACAGCCACAGCAAUUUCCGUCCCAACAUGUAAGACCCCAAUUGAUGCACCAGCAGCAGCAGCAUCCGGGCCAGCAAAUGUCUCAACAAUCAGGUCAACAACAGUUUCCCCAACAACAGAGUCAGUCAAUGGUCUCGCAGCCACAUGGACAUCCUUCUGUGCAGUCAUAUCAGCCAACUUCGCAGCAGCAGCAGCAGCAGCAAGUCAUGCAGAAUCAGCAUUCACAAAUGCCUCAGCAGCUGAGCCAUCAGUAUGCACAUCCACAACAACAUUACAUGGGUUAUCGGCCUCACAUGCAACCACAAGGGCUUCAAAAUUCACAUCAGGCACCUCAGGGUGGUCACCAGGGUCAGCAGUUUUCUAGCCAGCAAGAGUACAACUCGUUGGCUCCAAAGAGGGAUGGGGAUGAGUUCCAUGGGGGUAAGAAAGCUGGGUUUUCUCAACCCCAUUUGCCAAAUUCUGAAGGUUCACCAUCUCAAAAUGCCCCCUUUGAAGCCAAUGCAGCAUCACAAAGAACAAAUGCAAACUUGUCUAUGGCUCAGAAAUACAAUGGACCUCAAGCAAACAUGCAACAUCCUGUUGCAGUCACACAGUUUAAACAGCCAGAGGCUAACCUGAUUCACCACCAGCUUGGACCUAGGCCUCAAAAUCAAAUGGACCCGACAAUGUUGCACCCGAAGUCUCAUACUUCCCCUUUCCAAUCAAAUAAAACAUAUGAGAAUAAUGUACAAUCUAGACCUGGGAAUGAAUCUUAUGUUAACACAAGAAUGGAAGGGCCGGUUAGGGGUGCCCAACCACAUCAUCCUGCUGCAUUGCCUAAGGAUAUAAGGAUAGGUGGUGGUCCACCUGCAAAUGCUGAUCCUGCCAUGGGGCAAACAGGGCAUGGAACAUAUGGACACGCUGGUCCAGCUUUUCCACAGAAAUCCUUGGCGAGGCCUCAUUUUGUCACAUCUCCUGAUGUUCCUCAUCUCUCACCCGUUGAAAGCUACCGGAAACAACAUGAAGUCACAACAACUGGCGAGAACAUUCCAGCACCAUACAUUACAUUUGAAGCUAGUGGUCUCCCUGCUGAAAUUCUAAGAGAGUUGCUUUCUGCUGGAUUUCCAUCACCAACACCGAUCCAGGCUCAAACAUGGCCAAUUGCUCUGCAGAGCAGGGAUAUAGUUGCAAUUGCAAAAACUGGUUCUGGUAAAACUUUGGGAUACUUGAUCCCUGCCUUCAUUCUUCUACGGCACUGUCGUAACGACUCCCGAAAUGGCCCCACAGUUUUGAUCCUAGCUCCUACUCGGGAGCUAGCCACACAAAUACAAGAUGAAGCCCUUAGGUUCGGCCGGUCUUCCAGGAUAUCAUGCACUUGUUUGUAUGGUGGAGCUCCAAAGGGUCCUCAAUUGAAAGAGUUGGAACGAGGAGCUGAUAUUGUGGUGGCAACUCCUGGGCGUCUAAAUGAUAUACUGGAGAUGAAGAAGAUUGAUUUCCAGCAGGUUUCCCUUCUUGUGCUUGACGAAGCAGACCGAAUGCUUGACAUGGGUUUUGAACCCCAAAUCCGUAAGAUUGUGAAUGAAAUACCUCCUCGGAGACAGACUCUUAUGUACACAGCAACUUGGCCAAAAGAAGUAAGAAAAAUUGCAAGUGAUCUUCUUGUGAACCCUGUCCAAGUUAACAUAGGCAGGGUAGAUGAGUUGGCUGCUAACAAAGCGAUAACACAGUAUGUUGAAGUAGUCCCUCAAAUGGAGAAAGAGAGACGUUUGGAGCAAAUCCUUAGGUCGCAAGAAAGAGGUUCAAAAGUUAUAAUAUUUUGCUCUACAAAGAGGCUUUGUGACCAUCUUGCACGUAGUGUCGGACGUCAUUUUGGCGCUGUUGUGAUCCAUGGAGACAAGUCUCAAGGUGAGAGAGAUUGGGUACUUGGCCAGUUCCGAACCGGUAAAUCUUGUGUAUUAAUAGCUACUGAUGUUGCCGCCCGGGGACUCGAUAUAAAAGACAUAAGAGUUGUGAUCAACUACGAUUUUCCAACUGGCGUUGAAGACUAUGUCCACCGUAUUGGGAGAACCGGUCGAGCCGGUGCAACUGGAGUGGCAUUCACUUUCUUCACAGAGCAAGAUUGGAAAUACGCGCCUGAUUUGAUCAAAGUCCUCGAAGGAGCGAACCAGCAAGUACCGCCUCAAGUAAGGGACAUUGCAAUGCGUGGUGGUGGUGGUCCUGGUUAUAGCCAGGAUCGAAGAGGUAUGGCUAACCGGUUUGACUCUGGUAGUGGUGGUAGCCGUUGGGAUUCUGCUGGAGGGUUUGGUGGCCGUGGUGGUGGGUUUGGUGGGCGUGAUGGUGGGUUUGGUGGGCGUGAGGGUGGGUUUGGUGGCCGUGAAGGUGGGUUUGGUGGCCGUGAGGGUGGGUUUGGUGGCCGUGAAGGUGGGUUUGGUGGGCGUGAAGGUAGUUUUGGUGGCCGUGAAGGUGGGUUUGAUGGCCGUGGUGGCGGAUUUGGAACCAGAGAUGACUCAUUUGGACGUGGCGGGAAUCGUGGUCGGGGUUUCACUGGUCCUGAUGCUGGUCGUAUGAAUGUUGGUGGUAGAGGCGGAUUUAGUCGGUUUGGCAAUAAUAAUAUGGAUGGCGGAGGCUUUGGUCGUGGUGGUGGUAGAGGCUUUGGUCGUGGUGUUGGAAGGUUUGACAACAGAAGAGGUAGAAGUCGUAGCAGAAGUCCUGAUUUGGUUCGGCCAAGGCGACGUAGCCUGAGCUAUAGCCGGAGUAGAAGCCGGAGCCGGAGCUACAGUCGUAGUCGUAGCAGGAGUUGGUCACGUUCAAGGAGUCGCAGCCCUAGACAUAGCCGUGACCGUGGUGGUCAUAACAGGAGCAGAAGCUAUAGCCGUAGUCCUAGUCCGGUUUAUGAAAGACGAGAUAGACGGCCACGAAUGUCUGGGUUUGAUAUUAAACCACCAAUUGAGUCUGUAGUGAACCCGGACAUGAAUGCGGUUGAAACCGUGGUUCCUACAGCCAUGUCUGAGAGACAAGGGAAUGGGGUUGUUGAAUCGGAGAUAGAAGCGGCUUUAGUACGACCAGUGGUUGAUGAACCAUAAAAGCCAGAACCUCACUGCGGAGAUAUCACAACUCAUCCCCAAAUUUUUGGUUAUUGAACAGAUCCAUCAAAUCAGACAGCUGAUGCGUCUUCUCAGAUUUGUUGGCCGGAGUAACUUUAUUUUAAUUUUUAAAAUUUAUUUUUGGUUUCUCAUUUUCUUGUUGUAUCAUGGAGAAUUAGUUUGUAAUGUAUUUGAGAAGAAUUCUUAUCGUUUAUGUAAAAACCUUCUACUGCCUUGAAAAAAAUCUGGAUUAGAAAAUA